AUGGUGAAAGAGGUCGCAAGGAGGGCACUGAUGAAGAAGAGAGUCGUGUUUGCCGACACGAAGGGGCUCUCGCUGACGGCCGUCCGCUUCUUCUCAAAGAUUGAGGAGGACCUCUGUGACUUGCAGCAUGCCCUGUCUGACCUCGCCUGCUUCCGACCUAGGCUGUGGGACUCACGCCCAGAAGCGUGCAGGUAUGUGCUGGACUUCCCACAGCCCUCUGCGGACUACGUGACUUUCCGCAGCCGCCUACACAGCAACCUUGUCUGCCUGGAGAACUGCCUGAUCCAGGACCGUGCCCUGUCAGGGACAGUGAAGGUCAGAAACAUUGAGUACGAGAAGAAAGUGAUGGUCCGCAUCAGCUUCGAUGGCUGGAAGAGCUUCCGGGACAUCUCCUGCCAGUACAUGCAUAGCACGUACGGCUCGGCCGACACAGACAUCUUCUCUUUUGAGCUUGCCCUGCCCAAGCCAUCCGUCUCCCGCAGGCCCACAGAGUUCUGCAUCUCCUUCCAGUGCGGACAGAAGACCCACUGGGACAACAACCACGGGAGAAACUACAAGAUUUGCCAUGUGGGCAUGAUCCGCCCUCCCUCCCAUGCCGUGAAGGGUGCCACUGGGGCCUGGGAGCAUCUUGGCACCUCUCGGGCUGCCGCCCUGGUCCUUUCUCACCUGCAGACCUGGCGGCGCUCAGAGACCCAGGCUCCUUAUUGUGCUGGUGGCAUGUGAGUGCCUCGUCUGCCAAGAAGCCAACUCGCUGUUUGAAGAGCUUUCCAGGGACACAGGCUUCAUUCGUGUC